UCUCUGAACAAACAUGUGGAGCAGCUGGGAAACGGGUUUUGGUGGAGCUGUGGAGCUUUUGAACUCAUUUUAGGAGAGAAACGAGUGGGAAAAGCCGCUGAGCAGCGCUGCUCACCGCGGUGAACGGGUGAGGUUUGGAGGCUCCACCGACAAAAUGCAGAGAGCAUCAGAGCUCUUCAUGACUUCAAUAUGAAGACAGACAAGUCCGCUACCUGCUUCCUCACUGUCAGCCUCCAGCACCGCUCACCCACUGAGUUUUCACUCGUUUAUCAGUGAAGAGAAAACACAAGUGUCUCGGUGUUCACACUGCACACAGGAGCCACGGCUCGACUGAGUCUUCACGGUUCUCAUGGUGUGUUCAAGUACCGCCUCCCGAUCAGGACUCUUCUACAGUCCGGUCACUCACUCCGAUAGUUCCUCGUUGAUCUAAACGCAAAGAGAAAGAUGACAGAAGUCGCUCCAGCUCCAGCUGCAGCUCCAGCUCCAGCCGCCGCCAAGGCUAAAGCGGCCAAGAAGAAGGUCGUGAAACCGAAGAAGGUCGGUCCCAGCGUCAGUGAGCUCAUCGUGAAAGCCGUGUCCGCGUCCAAGGAGCGGAGCGGCGUGUCAGUGGCCGCCCUCAAGAAGGCUCUGGCUGCCGGAGGCUACGAUGUGGAGAAGAACAAUGCCCGCGUCAACAACACCAUCAAGAAGCUGGUGGUUAACGAGACCCUGGUCCAGACCAAGGGAACCGGGGCCACUGGCUCGUUCAAGAUGAGCAAGAAGGUGGAGACCAAGGUCCAGAAGCCGGUGAAGAAGGCCGCUCCCAAAGCGAAGAAGCCCGCCGCCAAGAAACCCGCAGUGGCUAAAAAGCCCAAGUCAGCGGCAGCCAAGAAGCCAGCAGCCGCUAAAAAGUCCCUGAAGAAGGUGACGAAACCAGCAGCGGCCAAGGAGCCCACCAAGAGCCCCAAGAAGGUGGCGAAGAGCCCCAAGAAGGUGGCGAAGAGCCCCAAGAAGGUGGCGAAGAGCCCCAAGAAGGUGGCGAAGAGCCCCAAGAAGGUGGUGAAAAAGGCCCCUGCACCCAAGAAAGCCCCCGCGAAGAAGGUCGCCAAACCCAAAGUGAAGAGGACAGCAGCCAAGAAGAAGUGAGAUGUCCUCACUGUGAAACAUGUCCAUCCUGGUAAAAGGCUCUUUUAAGAGCCACACACGUCUAUCCACAAAGAGCUGCUUCCUCAUCAAUCAUCACCACUGACAAUAAAUAUGUAGAGACAGAGUUCUUAACUAAAGGGAGUCAAGUUAUAUAGAAAGAUAUUAAAUAUCUAUUUCUUACAAUGUCAAGAUUUAGAAGUUAUUUCAUAUCAAAACAUCAAAUACUAUCAUGUAAUAGAAAACAUUUCUUUAGACUCUGAUUGAAGGAGAAGCAGACUACUACUGACAUACACACAUACAUCAUGUAACAUGAUGUGCAACGAUUUCAGAUUUACAUCAUACUUCUUAAAGAGUGUUCCUUGUUAUAUUUAUCAUAGUUUCCUUGUGUCUUUAAUUGCUAAAUAUAUAAGUGACAACUUAAAUUUUUUUUAUACAUAUAUACACAUGCAUAAUAAAGAGUAAAGUAAUGAAGUUGUGGGUGAGCUGGUUAGAAAAAUGACGAUUUCAGCGAUUUAAACAUAUGUUUACUUUUAGAUUGUUUGAUUGUGAUAUGUGAUCCUGACAGACUCAUCACAUUCAUUAUAUAUAUUCAAUUGUAUUUCUAUAGCUCAGUAUCACGACAUCUCAGGGCACUUUACAGAGACCUUACCAAAUUAUUAAGAAACCCAACGGUUCUCACAAUGAGAAACACUGACGACAGUGGAGAGAAGAAAAAAACUCCCCUUUAACAGAAAGAAACAUCUAGAACCAGACUCAGUGUGGCGGCCAUCUGCCUCGACUGGUUGGGGCGACAGCGGAGAAAUGAGGGAGAGAGGAGACCCUGUGUGAUCGAAGGAUUCACAGCAUCUUCCUCACACUGAGCACUCAUGCUCCCCGAGGGGCGGCUCUGGGAGAAGAUGUAGUAACAUCAGGGAGCCAAGAGAUGGCGAUACUCUCCAAAUAUUUGAACCGGAACAACGUCCUCUACCAGUUGAACUCUCCUACAUGUCCUGUCAGAAGCGUUAAAUUUAGUUUUUUCCGAUUUAACAGUUUCUUUCAAAUCAUAAUCACUCUCCUUUGUAUGUAAACCUCUGUAACGCUAUUCUGACUAGUUUUUCCAACCAUGACGAUGGCCCUGCUUAGGUGUGUUAACACACUUGGAGAUAAAGAUAAA